CUAAAAAUUUUUCAAUAAAUCUCAGCCCUCAGUUGUCCUCAGACCCUCAUAAUAUCAGUGAUUUGAAAAUGUUUACAUAAACAACGUUAUUUUCAUAACAAUAAAAAUAAAAACAAAAAUCAUUCAAAAGUUAACUUAAUAAUUAACAAUACUUAAAUAAAAAUAAAAAAAUGUAUUUUUAUUAUUUACCAACAACAAGCUAAGAAGGAAAUGAAUAACUUAUCGUAGCGAUAUGGUAACUAUGAGUUCAGAAAAAUCAGCCAGUCGGCGAAAAUCAACAGACAGUAAUGUUAGUGUUAAUGAGCAAAGGCAGCAAAAUAAUGUCGAAGAUAAAAAUAAUAAAAUUGAAAAUGCGAAAACGAAAGAGGAAACGAAAAUAAAAAUUAGUGAUGGUAAACCAAAAGCUACUGCAACUUGUGCUGAAGAUAGUCCUAAUUAUCUCGUUUACAAAAAGAUGGAAGCAAUAGUAGAAAAAAUGUUGGACGAAACUGACGGCGUACCUGUUAAAACUGUUAAAACUUUUAUGACUAAAAUACCUUCUGUUUUCACCGGGAUCGAUUUAAUUGCUUGGAUAAUUAAAAAUAUGGAAAUUGAUGAACAAGCAUUAAGAAUGGCACAUCUAAUGGCCUCACAUGGCUAUUUAUUUCCUAUUGAUGACCACUGCCUUACUGUAAAAAAUGACAACACAUUUUAUCGAUUUCAAACACCCUAUUUUUGGCCAUCCAAUUGUUGGGAACCUGAGAAUACUGACUACGCUGUAUAUUUAUGUAAACGGACAAUGCAAAAUAAAACACGUUUAGAGUUGGCUGAUUAUGAAGCUGAAAAUUUAGCACGUUUACAAAAAAUGUUUUCACGAAAAUGGGAAUUCAUUUUUAUGCAAGCGGAAGCUCAAAGUAAAGUUGAUAAAAAACGGGAUAAACUUGAACGUAAAAUUUUGGACAGUCAAGAACGCGCUUUUUGGGAUGUACAUCGACCAGUGCCUGGAUGUGUCAAUACUACAGAAUUGGAUAUUAAAAAAGCGUGUCGAAGUAAUAAAACAAUGAAAGCAAGUAAACACUCGCAAAUUGGUGUUGCUGGUGGUAGAAUAUCACCGACGGAUACUAGAGAUCUUAUCAAUCCGUCAAUAGAAACGUUACAAAAGGAAAUUGACAUGUUGAAACAGAAAUUGGAUCGACGUAAUAUCAAAGUUUCUAAGGUUGCCGAGGCACUCAUUGGAUAUUUUGAGCAAUACAUAGAAUACGAUCCAUUAUUUACUCAACCAGAAUUCAACAAUCCCUGGAUUUCUGAUAGUCCAGAAUUAUGGGAGCAAGAUAAAUUAGCGAAAGACAUAUCAGCAAGACGUGUAAAACGUUGGGCAUUUAGUUUAAAAGAGUUACUUCAAGAUCCAUUAGGCCGUGAACAAUUUGUUAAAUUUCUUGACAAAGAAUUCAGCGGUGAAAAUCUAAAGUUUUGGGAAGCUGUACAAAAUUUAAAAACGCUACCACAACGUGAUGUAGAAACGGGAGUAACUGAAAUAUGGAAUGAAUAUCUUGGUCCUGAUGCCAGUUGUCCAAUAAAUGUUGACUCACGUUCUUAUGAGAUGACUAAAAAAAAUUUAGAAAAGUCUGAUCGUUGGUCAUUUGAUAUUGCUGCUGCUCAUGUUUAUCAUUUAAUGAAAAGCGACAGUUACUCGCGAUAUCUACGUUCAGAAAUGUACAAAGACUAUUUAAAUGGAUCAAAGAAAAAAGCUUCUGUAAAAGGAAUCCGGAGUAUCGUUUCAUUUACUGGACGUAAAGAACCAGCCACUGGACCCUAAAUAAAACCUGUAAAAAAUUUUCUAAACUUGAUACUAAUUUUUUUUUAAUUUUAAUAUUUAAAAUUUUUUGGAAUUGAAAAUUAAAAUUCAGCAAUAAUUUUUAUAAGUUUUUUUAUUAUUACAAUUACUAAUUAAUUAAUCGAUUAAUUAAUUAUUUUUUUAAUAAUUAUACUUAAUAUUCAAUGUAUAUAUAAAACUAGGAAUUGAGCAAUUCUGUGUAUAGUUAACAGAUAAACAUAAAAAAAUAAUUAUAAUUAUUACUAUUAAGUAUAUUAUAAUUAAUUGUCUAAAAAUGCAU